UCUGCUUGGACAGCGUGCAUUUUUCGCAAUGCUACCUAGCCGAGCGGUAGUUUGACUUCAGAGGAGGGAAAGCAAGCGUAGCAGCCGCAGUAGCAGCGCAAAGGUUCUCAUUUUAGGUUGCGAGACAGCGGCUUGAGCUUUGAUGCUGGGGAUCUGUCAUUAAGAUUUAGUCAGCAAACACAACAGCUGGGGCUAUCAGUUUAUACAAUCAAGCUGUUUUAACGUAUUAUACAUAAAGGUUUUUUUUUUUAAAGAAUUGUGCCUCCCCUUAGAAUGAAGUGCUUUUUCACCUUGCCGUUGUGGAGCCUCAUGUCUUUGGCUUUAAUUAUUUUAUUGGUGCCUGUUACUGGGGCUUCUGAAUAUGAAUACCUGAGCUGGAAGUCGGAUCAGUACCCCACGGGGCGCAUCUAUGGCAAGCCCCCACAGUGUGUGGACAUUCCUGAUGACCUGAAGCUCUGCCACAAUGUGGGCUACAACCAGAUGCUCCUGCCUAACCUCCUGGAACAUGAGACCAUGGCAGAGGUGAGGCAGCAGGCCGGCAGCUGGGUGCCUCUGGUGCACAAAAACUGCCACCCAGGCACCCAAGUCUUCCUGUGCUCCCUAUUUGCCCCUGUCUGCCUGGAUCGCCCCAUUUACCCCUGUCGCUGGCUGUGCGAGGCUGUGAGGGAUGGCUGUACCCCCAUCAUGGAGGCGUUUGGCUUCCCUUGGCCAGAGAUGCUUACCUGCGACAAGUUCCCCCAAGAUGAUGUCUGCAUCGCCAUGAGCAACAAUACAGAACCCGCCAAAACCCAAGACUCUGGCAUCUGCCCGCCAUGUGACAAUGAAAUGAAAACAGACGCCAUCCUGGAACACAUGUGUGCCAGUGAGUUUGCCAUUAAGACCAAAAUCAAGGAGGUGAAGAAGGAAAACUCUGACCGUAAAGUGAUUCUGCAGAAGAAGAAAAAGACCUUGAAAGCUGGUAACCUAAAGAAGAAGGAUCUGAAGAAGCUGGUGCUGUACCUGAAGAAUGGCGCUGACUGCCCCUGCCAGCAGCUGGAUCACCUGAGCAACACCUACCUGAUAAUGGGCCGCAAAGUGGACAAGCAGUACCUACUCACUGGCAUCCACAAGUGGGACAAGUCUAGCAAGGAGUUUAAAAAGACCAUGAAGAAGAUGAAAAGCCAUAAGUGCCCAGCUUUUGAGACUGUCUUCAAAUGAUCAGGAUCUGCUGCUGCAUCUCAAGAACAUAAGAACUUGCACAAAAAACCCAAACCUUCUUUUUGUUAUUGUUGUUUUUUAUAUAAAUAUAUAUAUGCAGAUUUUACUCUCAUAGUAGAUUGCCAUAUCGAAUGCCAUUUUUUUUUUAAUUACCACCCACCAUUUUAGGUCACCCUGAUUUGAACACAUUUGGUUUUGUUUUCAAAGUGUUGUCCUACAGGUCUUUGUAGUAAGUGAAAAAGAUUGCAGCUUGAAACAAAGCUGUUCAUACAGCAAAGUGGCCAGGAAAUUCUCUUUCUUUGAAGCUGAUACCGAAGCUUUUUACAGGCUCCAAUAUUUAUUGAAACCCCUCCUCAAAACUGUUUUUUCUUAGUUGGACUUUCACACCACAUUUGCAAAUUGCACAUUCUAUUUUUAAAUAAUUGUCUCAUAUGGUUAGAAAUGAUGCCCCACAAAGAAUGUAUGAAAAAUAUAAAGAAAUGAUGCAUUAGAUCCAAAACUAAAAACCCUAUGUUUGCACUCAAUGUGGUUUAAAAAGUUAGCUUUCUGUACUAGUCAGAAUUCUGUUGUCUUGAAGUGAGUAUGAGUAUCUUGAGCCACUUAAAUGUUGUACAUUAUACAUGAGGAUCUUGUUUUAAUAAUCCUUCAUUCCUUUGCAAAGUUUUGGAUACUGGAGUACAAUGUCAUAUUUCUGAUACUAUCCACCUUUUCCCUUGAACAUCAUAAUGUAAGGUUACCAUUUGAUGAUUUGGAUUGGUUCUGCUCUUUUGUGGAAUGUUUAUAAUUCAUUAUUCUGCAUGAUUUCUCCUUAACAGCAGAGUAUAGUGGAUGGGAAAGAAUAUAUAUAUUGCUUUGUAAACUGCUCUUUUGUUGCCCUGUUAUUUUUUAUUUCUCGUACUUUAUUUUCAACGUGUGCCUGCAGAACCCUUGUGCAUUAUAAUGUGAAUUGGUGAUUAACAUUGAUGUGCUGUGGCGCAACCUUGAAAUGUGCAUGCCACCAUAUUUAUAAGUCAUUCAAAGAAGAGGAAUUUAAAUCUUUGCAGAAGAAUAAUGAUAUUAAAACAAUUAAAAAGGUGCUGAAAAGUAUGUUGUAGUAUUUUGAAUCAAGCUUAACUGAUUGAUUAUUGAUUAUCAGAUGGACACCUAAUCAAGUUCCAGAGACAAAUAGAGUAUGUUACUCAUUAAAUUCAAAACUAUCAAACUAGUCGCUCUUUGAAAUCUGCAUUGCUAUGAGAAUGUGAACUAUUAUUCUACAUAUCAUGCAAAGUAAGUACUAUCACAUUUUAGUCUAUUAAACAAUAGUUUUUUAUUUCUGUUACUCAUUAGUCCAAGUUUUUUUCUUAGUUUUUGAUUAAUAAAAAAUCUUACUUCAUCAAUGAGUAAUUAAGACAUGUACAAGUAUACUGUUUUCCAUGAAGAAAGCACAUGACAUGGUUUAUAAUUGUCAAUAAUUUUACUUAUAUUAGACUGAAUGUACAUUCUUCCAUGGAUACCGCUUUCAGCGUACUCUUUAUUGUCACACAUUCAAGACAAGAGUGGUUAAUAUUUUACAUUCUGUCUUUAGCUUUUAAGACCAUAUUUGACAAACUGAUAGGAAUAAUUCCAUGAGCAUUUGUGGAAUUUGUGUUUUUUUCUUAAGGGCUGAGCUCAUUCUAGAUUGUCAAACCAUUUUUUUAAAAGGUAUCUUUUGUAUGAACAAAAGAUUAUUCCAAAGCAAUUCAGUACUGGGGCAAUUUAGCUCUGCCUUUGCGUGUCUGAUAUCUGUGAAAUUGCAGUAACUUUUUUUUUACAUUUUUGUUUUUUAAUUUCUCAGCAAUACUGUGAACCACUGUUACUCCCUUUCUAACAUCCGCACACUUUGUGCAUAAUUGAUUCCAAAAAAGUCAUUCUAUACUGUUAAAUGCUUUCUCUUUUUGUACAUGCACUCUUUUCUUAAAUCUUUUUUUUGUUUCUUGUACAUAAAAAUGAGCAAUGCUGUCUUUAGCCAAUAUUUUGGUAUUCAGUAGGCUAAAACGAGUGAGAAACUGUCAGAAACUGUUAUUUUGUCAUUGUAAGCAUGUUAGUAUGAAUGAUACAAAAAACAAAUGUCAAGUUCUAACUUUCUUGUUUUUGAUCCAUCAUGUACACACUGAAUUAUACUAGAAAAGAGUUGACUCAAUUAUAGUAUUUUUUUAAAUCCUAAUGAAUGUGACACAGGGAUAAAUGUAUUAGUUUAUUUGGCUCUAAAUGUAUUAAGAGUUUAUUCGCCUAGCUGAGAGAACGGCAGCCUGACUGUGAGGAUGUAGCUGACCGGACCCUCUUCACUUUCAUGAGGAAUGAGCCAGGGAGCUGCUGCCGGGGUGAAGAUGGAGAGGGGAUAUGAGAGAAAUGUGCAAAGGGAAGUCCAGAAAGCAAGAUAAAUAUAGAUGAGCAGGAAUAAGUGAGAUUAGAAUCUAACUUUACUACUGAGCAUCUGUAAAGUAAGUUCCUAUUAAACAAAGAUGGACUAUAGCAAGUGGGGAAAUACGAUCCUUGCAAGCAACACUUGUUUUUAAAAGGUAUGAGGUGCUAAUCUUUCCCCAAUUUCAGUAUAGAACACAAACAGAACAGAACAUUGGAAAAUAAUUUUACUGGAAAUUUUGGGACAGGAUAAUUUGGUUGUUCUUGAUUUUUUAAUAUCAGAUGAUAACACCUGUAGUGCAAUCUUUUACACUGUAACUUUGCUUAUGGUUAAGUAAUAAAUGAGGAAUAUUAAGGAAUUGGGAGUUAGUGUUACUGAAGAUCUUUUACAAAGUUUUGGUUUCUAGUUGAAGGAUUUUGUGAAGUGUGUUUGUGAAGUGUUCAGCACUAAAGAAGCAUCUUACUGUACUUACAUUUCUUCAUGUCCCAUUUUCCAACAUAUUUUACACAGUGAAAAGAGUGAGUAGAAUUAUGAGGAAGACAUAAAGCUCCUCCGCCUACUGGUAGAAAUAAGUAAUAUAAGUCAGAAUGUUAUAUUUGUUAAAUUUGUCUUUUGUAUGGUAAAAGGUUGAAAUCAUGCUAUUUUCUCUCUACUUAUGCCCUGUGCAUUCAUAACAGUUUUGUUUUCCAGCUAGUCUUAAGUUGUUGAUAGUCUGAAUUUCAUCCUUGCAAAAGAGUAUAAAGCACAAACUAUAAAUACAAAAUAGGUUUAUUAUUGAUGGCCAAUCCCUGAUUGGUUAGCCUACAAAAAAUGACACGUGACACUUUUGAAACUGUACAAGGGUCAGAGGAGUCGGUAUUAUUCCUUUACUAGCAGAGUAGUGACCUUCUGAUAAUGGAUGCUGGAAAGAAAACCUCUUUAAAACUGAGAUUGCUAGAGAUCAACCAUAUAUUGUACCAAAACAAAAUUGUUUCAAUUUUAAUCAUACAAAGAAAACCGCAGCAAUGUCACUGUCACAGCUAUAGCAAAGUGGGGAAAUAUGAAGUGAUACAUUUUCAGAACUUAUCUAAAUGCUCAGAAUGAUGUAAAUACAGAAAGCUCCAUAGGAAAUAAUUAUUCUGUACUUAAACAUUUAAGAUUUCAGAAAAUAAAGCAAUGCUCCCUUUGGAAAAAUGCAAUUUUGAAGUUGUAGAAUUUUCCUUGUAGUAACAUAUAGUAUGUCACAGUGUCUCACAAUGUAAUGCCUAUAAUUUGAUUUCAGAGGAGCCUAUUCUGAAGUCUCUGAAAGUUCACAACAUAUAAAAAAAACUAAAAUAAUUCAGAUUGAAGUUAGUAUAAAAAGCAAUCUAUAAAAAAUAGAUGCUAGAUCAUCUUAAUCUUCUCAUGAAGAUAGUUCUUCCUAUAGGAAAUAAAGUUUUGUCAGUCUGUAUUUGUCUUUCAGUACACUUAAUCCUUUUGGCUAAGGCAUCCUAACAGUAUUAUAAGAUCAGGCUUUGGUAUAUAUCAUCUUAGCAUAACAAACAAACCUAUUUUUAUCUUGUUUCAUGCAUCUAUGCUGUUAAAAGUGCCUGUUUGAGAUUAAUUUGAACUGGUGUUAAAAGCCUUAUUUGUGGGCAGAUAAAAUGGAAUAGUCCAUAAAGGGUUGCUCUGCUAUGGCAAAUUACUUUUGUAUAUAUUCUGUCUGUAUUUCACUGAUGCUGAUUUUCAUUGGUUGUUAAUGUAAAGUUAAAUUGCAUGUAUUUGUACAAGAAACACCUGCUUAAGGACAUUUUCUGUUUUUAAUCACAUUAACUUCUCCUAUAGCUAUCAGUUUUUAGGUCAGUGGACUUGGAAAUCAUGUUUGCAUUUCUACCAGCAGGUACAGUAUGUACAUAAAUGUAAACACCAAUAUAAAAGAAAAUACAUUAAAAUCA